UUCAAUUGUCUCCUCCAUCUACUAUUCGAUCCGCCAUCCUCUUCUCAAAUUCAAGCUCCAUUUUUCCUGCAGUUGAGUUGGGGAUUCAGAAUACAACUACAUCAAUAGUCAGGAAUUCGAUGCUACCAAUGGCUACCAGUGGGAAAAGGAAAUCCGAUGAAGCCUCCUCAUCAUCUGAGUCAUCUUCCUCGCAUAAAUCCAAUUAUGAUGUUUUCUUGAGCUUCAGGGGUGAAGACACGCGCAAUAACUUCACUGGCCAUCUCUACCUGGCCUUAAAGGAGGCUGGCAUCAAUGUUUUUAUUGACGAAAAUGAACUCAAGAAGGGAGAGCUUAUACGUAAGGAAUUGGUUCAAGCAAUCCAAGGGUCCAAAAUAUCUGUCAUUAUCUUUUCAAGAAGGUAUGUGGAUUCUAGUUGGUGUCUUGAGGAGCUCAUGAAGAUCAUGGAGUGUAGAACAACUCUGGGGCAACGAGUCUUCCCUGUAUUUUAUGAUGUUGAUCCUUCAGAUGUCCGGAAACAGAGUGGUAGUUUUGCAGAGGCUUUUGAUCAGAAACAUGGAAAGGAAGAUGAAAAUAAGGUGAAGAAGUGGAGAGCUGCCCUUACUGAUGCUGCAGAUUUGUCUGGAUGGGAUCUUAAAACCACAGCUAAUGGGCAUGAAGCGAACAUUAUACGGAUGAUAAUUCAGGAGAUCUCUAAAUGUCUUAAAAAUAAAGACUUAACGGUGGCAGAGUAUGAAAUUGGACUCAACUCUCGUAUGGAGGAUGUUGUUUCUCUUUUAGGUGUUGGAACAACACGAGGUGUUCUCAUUGUUGGAAUUUGUGGUAUGGGUGGAAUCGGGAAAACAACUGUUGCAAAGGCUCUUUACAACAAAUUUCGUCAACGCUUUGAAGCUUCAAGUUUCCUUGCCGAUGUCAGGGAAACUAUGCAAACAAAGGAGGGUAUGGUUAGGUUGCAAGAAAGGCUUCUUUCUGAUAUCUCGAACACAAUCAUGUCAGAGGUAGGUAACGUUGACGAAGGGAUCAAUGUGAUAAAAGAUAGUCUCGAAUGGAAAAGGGUAUUUCUCGUAAUUGAUGAUGUUGAUCAAGUGGAGCAAUUAAAGGCAUUAGCAGUAGACCGUGGCUCGUUUGGCCGAGGAAGCAGAGUGCUUAUAACGACAAGAGACGAACAUUUGCUAAAGCAACUUGGUGUGGAUUCAGUAUAUCAAGCUCAAGUGAUGGACAGAGAAGAAGCUCUUAAACUCUUUACAUUGCAUGCCUUUAAAACUCAUUGUCCUGAUGAUGAAUGUCUUAAACUAUCAAGAAGGGUUGUUCAUUGCUGUGGAGGUUUGCCACUAGCUCUAAAAGUUCUUGGUUCUUUCCUAGUUGAUAGAAACACAAGCUUCUGGGAAUGUGCAAUCAAGCAAAUGCAAACACUUCCUACCCCGGAAAUUCAAGAAAGGCUCAAAAUUAGUUACAAUGGGCUAAGAUAUGAUACAGAGAGAGAGAUAUUCCUUGACAUAUCAUGUUUUUUUAUUGGGAAGGAGGUUGACCGUGUCAAAGAAAUAUUGGAUAGUUGUGACCUUUUCCCAGAUUCUGGAAUUGAGGUUCUCAUUCAACGUUGCCUAAUAACUGUUAAUGAGGAAAACAAGCUGAUGAUGCAUGAUUUGCUUCGCGACAUGGGUAGAGCAAUUGUUCGUGGAAAGUUCUCAGGGCAACCUGGAAAAUGGAGUAGAGUGUGGCGCUUUGAGGAUGCAGAAGAGGUGUUGAGGAAUGAAUCUGGAUGUGAAGAAAUUCAAGGAUUCACUGUGGACAGGAGCCAUAAAUAUGAGAAAAUUCCUCUAAGGACUGAAGCAUUUGCAAAAAUGAAGAGACUGAGAUUUCUCAAACUCAGGAAUUUAGAACUCACUGGAGGCUACAAAUAUCUCCCGAACAAGUUAAGAUGCCUUGAUUGGACUGGAUUCCCUUUAAAAUUCAUACCAAAAGAGUUUAGUCUAGGAGAAGCAGGUGCUAUCUAUCUACAAGGCAGCCAACUCAGAUACGUUUGGAAAGAUUCUAGGGUCCUAGCGAAAUUGAAGAUUCUUGAUCUUAGUAAUUCUUAUUCCCUAAAUCAAUCACCAGACUUUUCAACCAUCCCAAAUCUCGAGAAAUUAGUCCUCAGAUGCUGUUACAACUUGGCAGCGGUUCACCAGUCUAUAGGAGGACUUGAACGGCUUUGUUUGGUUGAUCUGGAGAACUGCAAAAUUCUUGAGAAGCUUCCAAGGAGUUUCUAUAAGUUAAAAUCUGUAGUAACUCUUGUUCUUGAUGGGUGUGAAAGAUUUGAAAAAUUGGAUGAGGACAUAGGGGACAUGACCUCGUUGUCUACUCUGCGUGUGGAUUUCACGGCCAUAACAGAACUGCCAUCUUCCAUAGUGAGAUUAGAGAACCUGCAUUGUUUAUCUCUACAUCGAGUGAACUUGUCUUCCUCUGUGCCAUAUAAGGAGAUGGCCCUCCGUCAACUUUUUCGUUCUAUGUUUGCUACACGGGCUACACCGGGUUUAUACGGUAAUCUCAUAUUGCCUCCUUCCAUUCAAGGCUUAAGCUCUAUAGUUGAUUUAUCAAUCAGUCACUACAUUAUGACUAACGUUCCCAAUGAUCUUGGAAGUCUAUAUUCCUUGAAAAGAUUACAUAUAGGAUUCAGUCAAUUGCAAAGCAUGCCAAGCCUCAGUGGCCUGUCCCAGCUUGAAGAGCUACGCUUGAAACAUUGCUAUCUUACUGAUGAAGUGAUAAAGGUUAUGGAUCUUGAGAGUCUUUUUGCUUUGAAAUCGUUAGAUUUAAGUCGCAACAGGUUCAGAUGUCUUCCAAGCCUCCACAGCCUAUCUAAGCUUGUCCUUCUAGACUUGGAUAAUUGUAGGAAUCUUGUUGCAAUCCCAGAGUUACCAGCAAGUUUGAAGACCCUGAGAGCAUUUGGCUGCCCCUUAUUGCCUGAAUUUGUCCUGGAAGUGGAAGUGGAAGAGCUGCACGAAACCAUCACAAGGUUUUAUGCACAAAGGUUUUCAGACGAGCCAGAUUACAUAUAUGAGGAUAGUUCGGAUAGUUCGGAUGAAUUUUUUGAAUGUGAAGAUAUAUGAGAACGGACUGUGUUGCAAUCCCAGGUCCCACAACUGUAUUCAUGAUCUCUCUCUGCUUCACUUUUUUCAAAAGGAAAUGCAUGGUGAUUUCACUGAUUGUAAGUUCAAUUUGGAAAUCCUCCACUUUGUUGAAGUUUCUAUUAGAAAUAUAUCUUCAUCUUUUGGGAGUGAAGAAAUCAGAGGUCACAGUGGUCACUAUAAUAUGUGGAUUUCAGGUGCUGGUUGUGAUGAUAAUGCAGUCAUCUGACGAGCUGAGACAUGAAGCCAUUUUGAGGUAUUAAAUCGUGGUUCUUGUAGGUACUUGUGGAGCACAUUCUGGAGAUAUGCUUGCCAUUGGCCAAAAGCUAUUCAGAGAUCAUGAUGUUGGUCAAUUUUUUCUGUACUGGUAAAAGUGCAAGCGAAUAUAGGAGGCAUACAAAAGAAGAAAGAUUCAACAGUGCCUUUUCAUUUGAUAUAUGUAUGUAUGAUGUUCUGUUUUUCGAUUGGUUUCUUUUUCCUGAAAGUAGGAGCAUGCUUGAGUCAUACUCGGCAAUAUCUUGGUGGUAUGUACAUUUUGCUGAGUAAAUUAAGUUCCUCUGCUUUUAUUCUCACAAUGGA